CGAAGUCGCACACAUGGACACCGUCGCACCGCGGAUGAGCAAGUACUUGCUAAGUGCUAAACCCAAGCCUCGACUGGCUCCAGUGAUGCUGAUGACCUUACCAGCGAAAGGAAGCGGAUUGACCGCAUACGGUAACGCUGCAGGCAUAUUCCUAUAAUGUUGACUUGCACAGGCCUUCAAGGUGUGAAUAGUAUCAGUGAGACGGAGCAGGUGCCGUUGGUUUCAUAUAGCUGGCUGUUGACAACACAUGCUAGAGUCCGACACGGCCGUAGAACAGGGCCACGACUCGAGUCCUGCAUCUCAACCCGUGCGUGCGUCGCCAAUGUUGGCUUCCCAAGAAGGAACAGAUUUGGAGGAUCAUCGACCGGAACGGAUCACUCGAUAGGGGCCAAUCGUCUUGUAUGCAAACCCUUUAGCGUGUACGGCCGCUGGAGACUGGCAUCAGAUCAUGAGUCAUGGAAAUCGAGACGUUUGUUCUACAAAGCUCUGCAGCUCGCGAACAGUAGUAAUGCUACGCCGCAUCCUUUUGUGGGGCGCAACGGCUCAGAACAUACUACCAUACGAACGACCCUGUGCCGGUGCCUUUCUCGACAACCUCCAAAAGUAGAACAGGGUUUCUCCAUAUCUGUCGCGUGCAGUUAACGUCAACCUCGGAGCCUUGUCGAAGGCACAGCGGAAGAUUCCGUGCCGUCUGCUUCACUCUACCCGUAGUGUAACUGUUCAAGUGCACGAACAGACUUGAG